AAACUGUAUAUUGAUCUUCUACUCCGACUAUGCUGCCUGUAAGUUUCGUGCUUGCUUAAGCAAGUAGUCUUCUCUGUUGCAUUCCAAAAGAUUACAUUUUACAGAAAAAGAAGCCGACCAAUUCGGAUUCAAAUCGGAUCUGCCCUUCGGGUUGGAAACCCCCACAACUCUCAUCACACCCAUGGCUUCUUCCGAUCACGCAAAGUUGCUCUCCAAAGCGGAUAAACUAACAAAACUGAGUUUUACAAGGUGGACUGCUGAUUGGAAGAAUGCUACCAGUUUGUAUGAGCAGGCAGCUAAUGGAUUUAGGCUCGCAAAAAAGUAUGAGCAAGCAAAAACAGCAUUUGAGAAAGCUUCAAAAGGACAAGAGAUGCUGUCCUCGCCUUGGGAUGCAGCCAAACUUAUGGAAUCUGCUGCCGCCAUGGCAAAGGAGUUAGGCAAUUGGCGUGAAGUUGCUGACUUUUAUAGACGGGCAUAUGAAUUGUACAGUGAGUGUGGAAGGGCACAACCUGCAUCUGAUGCUCUUGCUAAAGGUGCCCGAGCCUUGGAAGAUGCAGCCCCGGAUGAAGCUGUUCAACUCUACACUGAAGCCUGCGCUGCUUUGGAAGAAGAUGGCAAGGACCAAAUGGCAUUUGAUCUCUAUCGUGAUGCGUCAAGGGUUUAUGUAAAGCUUGAGAAGUAUGGAGAUGCUGCAACUAUUCUUUUGAGAUUGGCCUUGGCAGCUGAUAAGUGUAAUGCAACUCAUAGCCAAUGCAAGGCAUACCUCAGUGCAAUCAUUGUCUACCUAUAUACUCAUGACUUCAAGGAAGCUGAAAAGUGCUAUAAUGAUUGUUGUCAGGUUGAAACCUUUUUGAAUAGCGAUCAAAGUCGCUGUGCUAGCAAGUUUCUCUCUGCAUACAGAGAAGGUGAUGAAGAAGAAAUCAAGCGCGUUGGUCAGUCAAGUAUAGUUACAAAUCUUGAUCACACGGCUUGCAAGGAAACUACCAACAGGGGAUGUGAGUGCAUUCAGAAGUGGCACGACAAGGGACAAUGAAGAACAGCUUGAUGAGGAUGAUCUUACCUAGUCUUCAUUUCAAUGAAUACAUCUGUCAUUUGUGUACCAUUUUCUGGAUUGCUUGGAUAAAGCCUUGUGACUUGCUGUUUUAUGAUUUUGGUUGCUUGAAUAUCGUGAUAGAUAUGAAAUGAUCAAGCACUGUAAUAUAAGCCAGUAUGAUAAACUCCACAGAUUGGAAUACUUGCACCAUGGUUAUUGACUUUUUUAUUUGUUUCA